AUGCCAAGCUCUCAGUACCGGACAUACAGAGACGCUGUGAUCGGAGUACCGACUGAUAAGACUAGUGCUCCUCCUACUCAACACGGGAACAAUUCUCGCCCGUCUCCACACACACAACCAGCACGGGAUCGGGGACAACAAUCACACAUUGGGCCCGCCCCAACAUCGGGACAAGACCGAUCACCUACUUCAACCCAUGCGCUAGAUGCUGGGCGAGAACAUAAUGCAAAUGCGCACAGGAGACCACCAGCCGAUAACCCACCUAACAUUUCAGCUGGUCCUACUUCAGAGAGACUCGAACACUUCUCCAGUACACCAUGGAACAGUAACCCUCCCCCUCGCCAAGGACCCGCGGCCCCAAGUUCAUCUAAAGCUCCGAUGGGACAUCCAGUGAACUCGUCCAGAAGCCCAAUAGGGCACUGGAGUCAGCCGCCACCCAUCCCAAGUCGUCUCUCCGGACCCUGGGGCCCGCCCAUCUUCAACCAACCGGCCGGCCCGUGGGGAUUCUCCCCGGUGAACACUCCUGUCCUUACCCCGCCCGGCCAGUCUCAGCCUCCACGGAUGAACCCACCGCCCUGGUCCUGGCAUCCUAACAUGAUGUGGCCUCCGAUGUUCCCGGUGUGGUAG